UGGGUUUUACAAUCUCUCGKCUUCUGCUCGAGAUUGUAAAAUCCCUUACAACACGGCCGCUCAUGUUGUAAACAUUACUUAACUUUGCAUAACUAUAAAAGUUAUAUAAAGUUUCACUAUAUGAUUUUGGGGAAAAUAUUGCACUGGAUUUGUAUUAGAAGAAUAAUAAUUCCUUACCCUUUUAAUUCAAUUUCCUAUAGCUCAUAGUCCAGAUAACUCAUUUUUGGGAUUUGUUGUUGAUGCUCCUCCGAAGUCAGUUCCUAUGAUGGAGCAUACAAGAGAAAAACCAAUUGGCUUGGUUUAUGGCAAAAGAGGAAUCUUUUGGGAGGGGAAAAGAGAGUAUUUAGAUGUUUUGAGUGAGUACUUUGAAAUUCAUGCUACACUUGGAGAUUAUGAUCCAAAUAGCGAAGCCAGCAAAAAAUACAUACCGAAGUAUGUGGUAAACCAUGGCUUACUUAAACAACUAGAUUUGCAAACACUGCUUGAGAAAGCAAAGGUUUUUAUUGGACUUGGUUUUCCUUAUGAGGGRCCUGCUCCACUGGAAGCCAUUGCUCAUGGCUGUAUCUUCCUAAAUGCAAAGUUUGAUCCAACCCACAACAGAAACAAUAAUGAAUUCUUCAUGGGCAAGCCCACUUUUAGAKCAGUGACUUCACAACAUCCUUACACUGAGGACUUUAUUGGGGAGCCCUAUGUUUUUACUGUCGACAUAUCA